AUGGUGGAAUGGAAUAGAAUUACCCGGCAAACCGGGACAUUGACCUGGAAGAACCUCUUGGUGUUCUACAAAUCGCCAAUUGCCUCCGUGAUCAAAGCGCUCUUGGUCCCUAUUGUGGUGACUCUUGUUUUCUCCUUUCUUAAAGAUAUCAAGUCAUCAGGAUCUGGAACCCCAUAUGACUUCUCAAAUACUGGAAGGGAGGUUCUCACUCUGUCUGAUGCCAUGGCUGCGGCCUCAUCCCAACGACUAGUAGUCGCUACGAAUGGGAUUCACGAUGCCCAGCUGAACAAUUCGAUCAAUGCAAUUUUCCAAGACUCGGGAAUGAGUGCCUUCGAUCUCGAGCUCAUCGAUAGUCCCAACGCCAUUUUCGAUAGCUGCAAGCAGUCUAUUCACGGUACUAGUUCAUGCUUUGCUGCUGUCGUUUUCACAGUCUUUAACAGUACCCAUGCCGAAUACGUCGUCGGUCUCGAUUCGGACUUUCUCACAAAUUCACCCACCAGUGCAGAGCCAGGCCAGUCUGUUCUCUCAAAGCGAGUUAUGCCAUUACAAUGGGCACUGAAUGCUCAAAUUGGAGGGUUCAAAUCCACCCAAAGGCCGACUGAGAAGACGUGGGAUGGGUAUAUUUACGUGACGGAGUUUGAACCAGAAGAAGAUGCUGGAGCCUACUGGCUUUCCCUUGUCAACUUGAUCGUUUCCCCAAUAUUUGUCUUCAUAUUCAUUACCGCCACCUAUCAUAUUGGUAGUGCAGUGGCCAGCGAACGACAGAGUGGUGUUGUGGAACUUCUAAUGGCACAGGGAGUCACCACCACGCCCCGAAUCCUAUCGAACCUCCUAUCCUUCUCCGCCCUCUAUAUACCCGGCGUCAUCAUCUGCUCAAUCAUACUCGGCGAAGUCCUGUUCGUGAAUACAUCUACUGGUCUUAUAUUUAUCCUCACGGUUCUCGCCGCUUUAUCAUUUAUCGUGACCUCUCAUUUCAUCGGGUCGUUCUUUUCCAAAUCAUCCGUGUCCGGAAUGUGCACAUGUAUCUUGAUUGUCAUACUUGCUUUCGUUAGUCUGUCUGAGAGCUUGGCUUACUAUAAGGAUGCCGGCCAGAUACUAGGCCUCUCGAUAGUCUUCCCGCCUUAUGCCUUCUCCACGUUCAUUCGAGACAUCGCGGGUACGGAAGAAUCAAUGAAAGCUUGGCCCAACACUGAGAUUGCCAAAGAGGACACUAUGAUAAACGGGUAUCUUUACUUUAUGUGUUUCCUCAUACAAAUCUUUGGCUACGGUGCGUUGGUCUUCCUUGUCGAGCACCUACGCUGGGGUGUUCCACAACGCCGGGAAUGGUCAGAGACGUCGGAUCAGGUUGCUCUAAAAUUGACCAAUUUGUCUAAGACUUAUGGCAAGAAAAAGGAAGCUGUCAAAGAUUUCAAUGCCGAGGUACAGCACGGAUCGGUUACUUUCCUAUUAGGUCCGAAUGGAAGCGGGAAGACUACAGCAUUGAAAUGUAUCUCGGGAGUUCUGAAUGUGGACGACGGAUCGAAGAUCCAGUUCAGUCGCGAUGGUCUCUCUCUUGGCUUGUGUCCACAACACAACGUUUUGUGGGAUGAAUUGACUAUUGUCGAGCAUGUUCGUCUUUGGGCCAGCCUUAAAGGCAUCGGAAAUGCGCCAAGUACCCAGGAGAUAGAUGAUGUGAUUGCCGAGUGUGAUUUAACUGAAAAGGCCUACGCGGCAGCUGGAACGUUGAGUGGAGGUCAAAAAAGGCGAUUGCAGUUGGCCAUUGCCUUUGCCGGUGGAUCGAAAGUGGUCUGUAUUGAUGAGGCAUCAAGUGGAUUGGACCCAUUAUCCCGUCGCAAUAUUUGGAAUAUCAUCCAGGAAGGUCGACGCCAUCGGACGACCGUCUUGACCACACACUUUCUAGACGAAGCCGAUGUUCUCGCCGAUCACAUCGUCAUCAUGUGCAAGGGUAGCUUGGUCUGCCAAGGAAGCAGCAUUGCCCUUCGCGCCCAAUAUGGUGACAACUACCGAAUCCGCGUGGACGACGAUCAAGAAACGUCCUGGAGAGCUGCGAAUUCCACUGAAGCGACCCAAAAGGUUCUUGAGCUGGAGCGUCUGCGACCCGAUCUAUCUUGUCAUGUCACUUUCCCCACUCUAGAACAAGUGUUUCUUAGAACAACCUCCGAAUUCGGUACUGCAGUCGAUGGUACUGCGGAAGACGGCAUGGUCGGUGAAGAGCAGAACACUGAAGAUGACUCCAAUACUGUCUUGGAAGACAAGAUCCUGGCCCUUGAGAGUGAAUUUACAGGCGAUGAUUUAAACCUCGACGUGAGACAAUCCGUGGGAUUAUUCUGGCAGAUAUGGGUGCUGUUUCGAAAGCGCUAUCAACUUCUUUAUCGCGCGUCGGGCAUGAUUGUUUACGCGGUGAACCUUCUCCUACCUAUAAUUUUGGCUGCGGCAUUGGCCACAUUUUUCGUCUCAUGGGAUGCACUCGUAACCUGUGAGGAAAGCUAUAACAAGUAUAUUCAUCCCGUUGGCGCAGACAUUGCUCCAUUUGACGCCCAGUCAAACUUGGCAUCGACUAUGCAAUAUGAAGUUCUCGGCCCCACGAAGCAGUUUCAGGGUGCCGUGCAAGAUGCACUCUUCGUGGAUACUUUAAAUUAUUUGACUUAUGAUAUGACCGAUGCAGAGCUUCUAAAGAGCCGCAACUAUACCAACAGCGAGGAUCAGUUUAACAGCGACAUGAAAAAAGCUCAAGGAGAUGCUGGAUUCGGGAUCUACGCACCAACACCAGAAUCUGCCGUUCUGUAUCACGCCGCAGCCUAUACCGGUGCUGAGACUGGCAUGAGCGGUCUGGACCUCAUUACGAACCGCAUUGCCAACUCGACUUCAGACAAUCAAGCUCGGCAAAUAAGGGCUCGACUGCGGACCAUGACCCAUGUUGAACCGGGUCAUAAUGGGCUGGAUAUGCCAGUUGCAAUUCUGAUUGUCCUUGUCAUGAUAGCAUCUGUGUCGACCUCAGUCAUCUAUCCUAUUUACGAAAGAGUUUCGAAUGUGCGAGCUUUAGAAUACAGUAAUGGUGUCUCACCAUUUGCUCUUUGGGCUGCAUAUCUUUUGUUUGAUACACAGUUCAUCAUCAUGGAAAGUUUGGUUGUUUAUGGUCUGCUCUUCAUACUCCCGUCCAACGCAGUCUGGUACAGCCCAAGUGCCAUUUUCGGCGCCUUUAUUCUUUUUGGAAUUGCAUCAUAUCUUGGUUGUUACUUGGUUUCUAACGUCAUCCGUCGUGGAGGCUACGCCGCAGCCCUCGGAAUCCACAUCGUCUUGUUUGUGAUCUAUAUCGUUGCUUACGUAGGAAAUCAAGAGGGCAGCUCCGCGGACAAUAUACAAGAUAUCUACAACUCCAUCCAAGCUGGUCUUGGUCUUAUCUGCCCCGCCGCCAAUCUUGCCCGAGCACUAUGGGUCGGUAGGAAUACCUUCGACGUGCUGUGUGGGAAGAACGGCCAAGCGGACGUAUCAUAUCCAUUUAAAUAUGACAUUUAUGGCGGUGUCUACGCCAACCUGACGUAUCAGAUCAUUUUUCUUUCUUUAGUGAUCGGCAUCUACGAAUACGCCGGCACAGGCUGGUUCCAACCCCUUCUCUUCUGGCGACGCAAGUCCCCAAUGAGAUUACACCACCGGGUUGACGAUGGCCUUAAUUCCUUCGACAGCAGACGAGACAUCGUCCUUGAAGACAGCCGUAUCCACGCCCCAAGAGUCAGCGAUGAAUCUUCAAUCUUGAAUGUUUCUCGCGUAAGCAAAUUUUUCAGUCGCUCUUUCGUCGCACAGAAUAUCUCAUUCUCUAUCUCUCCAAAUCAAACACUUGCGCUGUUGGGAAGUAAUGGAGCGGGAAAAACCACCGUUAUCAACAUGAUCCGCGGAGAGCUCCGACCAGACUUCGGGGAUAUCUUUGUGAAUGGAAUAUCUGUUCUUACAAAUCUUCGUAAAGCAAGAUUGAACAUCGGUGUCUGUCCACAGGAUGACGCGGUUGACAACUUGACCGUUCGACAGACCUUGGAGUUUUAUGCCGCUGUCAAAGGAUUACAGCGCGUAAAGCAGAACGUGGACCAAGUACUCAGAGCCCUGGAUAUCACACAGUAUGCCAAAGUUACUGCCAGAGCGUUGAGUGGCGGAACAAAACGGAAGUUAACGGUCGCAAUUGCUAUACUGGGAAACCCACCUCUUCUCCUACUAGAUGAGCCUUCUACAGGCCAAGACGCCGGCGCGAAACGAAUCCUGUGGCGAGCGCUCCAACGCAUUCGGGCGAACCGCGCCAUCCUGUUCACAACACAUAGCAUGGAAGAGGCCGAAGCAUUAGCGUCCAAGGUCGCUAUCAUGCGAACAUCUCUCUUAGUCUGUGGACCUCUCCAGACUCUAAACGAUACAUACGGCGGCGCAUUUAGACUCCGCGGAGCGCGCUGUGAGAGCGUGGUAGCCGAUACCGCGCGUAAUAAGGUAUAUGAUGUCUUUUCAAGCAUGGACUUGCCAAUAUCGCGAUACGAAGAUACAAGGGGAAUUGUGCAAUUUUUCGUCAAGUAUGAGAAGAAAGAUCUUGGGAAGAUCCUUUCUGCUAUGGAGAGUUUGAAGGUGAAUGAUUCUGAGAAAUAUGGAGAGCAGGAUCAUGGUGGAUCGGGGUCUGCAAGACCGACCGAAAGUGAGAUGAAGGUGUUUGAAGAUUAUACCCUGAUUGAGCCCACACUUGAAGAGGUGUUCAUGAAUGUUGUGAAGGAGGGUGAAUGA